AUGGCCCUGAGGACCCUGCACCUUCCAUCCAAAUUGACAAGGCCAAACAGCCACAGCUUCAGUCCAUCGUCGUCGCCUCCUCACCAGCCAAAGCUUCCUCCAAGACCCGACCCACCACAAACAAGAGUUGCCAUUGCCACGACCACGGAGAAGCAGCAGCUCCAUAAGAGGAGUACAUCGUUGCUGAAAUGCGGAGCCAAUCUGCACGGCUGCAUGAACGAGGUUGUUCAGACCCCGAAAGACCAGACCGCCGAGAUCCCCCUCGUCAUGUACCCAUCAGUCGUCUUCCCCGGCGCCACGCUCCAGCUGCAGGCGUUCGAGUUCAGGCACCGCAUCAUGAUGCACACCCUGCUCCAGCAGGGCCUCAGGUUUGGGGUCAUCUGCUCGGCUUGCAAGAACGGGAGUAGGAUGGCGGACGUGGGGUGCGUUGUCCACGUCGUGGAGUGCGAGAGGCUCACCGACGACCGAUUCUUCCUCACCUGCGUGGGCAAAGACCGCUUCCGGGUCAUCAACAUCGUCAGGACAAAGCCCUAUGUGGUUGCAAGGAUCCAGGUGCUGAGUGACCGCCACCAAGGCUCUGACGACUCUGUGCCACAGGGUGACUUGGGUAGCCUGAUGCAGCAGGUGGAACAGCACCUGAAGAAUGUGGCCAUGCUCUCGGACAAGCUGAACCAGAAACCACUGCCGUAUCAUCAGGGCGAUCAGCUCCACAGGCUGCAUACCGCCGCUUCGCUCUCAUUCCUCGUCGCAAGCUUGUUCAUCGAUGACCGCUUGGAGCAGCAGACGCUGCUGCAGAUGGAUGACACCGGGCAGCGGUUGGUGCGGGAGGGGAUGUACCUGGAGCGCAGGAGCAAGUACCUAGCGGCCAUAUCUGCGAUCAAGGACGCCUUUCAGCACUUGUCCUGCAAUGAGAAGUAG